AUGAAUACGAAUGCAGCAUGUAAUUUAGAAAAGUUGGUGCAACGACUUGAAACAGCAACAUUACGUCUGGAAGCAUUGGGUGCUCAGAAACCAACGAUAGCACCGAAGCCUGUAAGGAAUGAUACUCCAUCACUGAUUGCUCCUUAAGAUUUUUGUUCCACUUCAUCCCAGUCACUUGGCGUGGAUGGUUGGAGAUCACCGAAAAUAGUCAGUUAG